CCACGGCUGGGGCGACGGAAGGAUCCCCAUCAGCCGGCGGUCGGGGUAGGCCUCAGCGGCGCCUGGAGCGGCUCGCCGUGUCCUCCGCGGGGGAUCUCCAUAGAGACCGUGACAUACACAGAGGCGGGGGGCCGCGGGAGGCUGCCGGGCCGGAGCCAGCUCCUCGGCCUCUGCCGCCGCCACCGCCUUCCCCGCCGCCAGCGCGCAUUUUCUCUCCACUCCUGCCCGACACCUCGCGGCUCCCGGCGUGCCUGGGCUCCACUGUGUGGGCAGCGAAGGCGGACUUGCGGGCCGGGGCCGGGCGGGGGGGGCUCUAAGGCCGCCACCUCUGCCUCUCCCGCCCCCCUCACCCGCCCCGAAGCGGGAAGCCGCGGAGGCCCCGCCAUGGCCUCGGGAGCCGGAGGAAUCGGAGGGGGCGGUGGCGGCAAGAUCCGGACGCGGCGCUGCCACCAGGGGCCGGUUAAGCCUUACCAGCAGGGGCGACAGCAGCACCAGGGUAUUCUUAGCAGGGUUACAGAAUCUGUUAAGAAUAUUGUGCCAGGAUGGCUACAAAGAUACUUCAACAAGAAUGAAGAUGUAUGCAGCUGCUCAACAGACACAAGAGAGGUACCGCAGUGGCCAGAAAAUAGAGAAGAUGAUCAUAUAGUAUAUGCCGAUGAGGAGAGCUCUAAUAUUCAUGAUGGGAGAAUCACUCCUGAGCCAACAGUCAGUAAUACAGAAGAACCCUCAACAACUAGUACUUCUUCAAAUUACCCAGAUGUAUUAACAAGGCCUUCUCUUCAUCGGAGCCAUAUGAAUUUCUCCAUGUUGGAAUCUCCUGCAUUACACUGUCAGCCCUCCACAUCCUCGGCGUUCCCAAUUGGCAGUUCUGGAUUUUCCCUUGUAAAGGAAAUUAAAGAUUCUACCUCUCAGCAUGAUGAUGAUAACAUCUCAACUACCAGUGGUUUUUCUUCAAGAGCUUCUGAUAAAGAUAUAGCUGUUACAAAGAACACUUCAGUGCCACCUCUAUGGUCCCCAGAGGCUGAACGGACUCCUUCACACUCACAGCACACUGCCACCAGCUCAAAAAAACCAGCAUUCAACUUGUCUGCCUUUGGAACGCUUUCCCCUUCACUUGGGAAUUCUUCAGUCCUUAAAACAAGUCAGCUUGGAGAUUCUCCUUUUUAUCCUGGAAAAACAACGUAUGGUGGGGCAGCAGCUGCUGUAAGACAACCUAAACUACGAAAUACACCAUAUCAGGCACCAGUUCGAAGACAGAUGAAAGCUAAACAGCUCAAUGCACAAUCUUACGGUGUGACUAGUUCAACAGCUCGGCGAAUAUUGCAGUCUUUGGAGAAGAUGUCAAGCCCUCUGGCGGAUGCAAAAAGAAUUCCAUCUAUUGUUUCUUCUCCCCUGAAUUCUCCUCUUGAUAGGAGUGGAAUAGAUACCACUGCAGACUUUCAGGCCAAAAGGGAAAGGGUGGACUCUCAGUAUCCCCCUGUUCAGAGACUCAUGACCCCAAAGCCAGUUUCCAUAGCAGCAAAUCGAACUGUUUAUUUUAAACCAUCUCUGACCCCAUCUGGUGAAUUAAGGAAGACUAAUCAAAGAAUAGAUAAAAAGCACAGUACUGGAUAUGAAAAACCUGCGACACCAGGACAAACUAGAGAACAAGAAAGUGGCUUUUCUUACCCAAAUUUCAGUAUGUCUGCAGCCAAUGGUUUAUCUUCUGGAGUAGGUAGUGGAGGCGGCAAGAUGAGACGAGAGAGAACGCGCUUUGUUGCAUCUAAACCUCCAGAGGAGGAGGAAACGGAAGUACCAGUAUUGCCGAAAAUCUCUCUACCCAUCACCAGUUCUUCACUGCCUACCUUCAAUUUUAGUUCCUCUGUGAUCACAACUUCCUCUCCAGCAACCAUUAGUCCUUCGCAAUCAUUAACAAACAAGGUACAAAUGACCUCUCCAAAUAGCACUGGCAGCCCCAUGUUUCGAUUUUCAUCUCCAAUUGUAAAAUCUACUGAGGCAGAUGUACUACCUCCAUCAUCGAUUGGAUUUACAUUCAGUGUGCCUGUUGCAAAAACCACAGAACUUUCUAGCUCUAGUAGUAUUUCAGAACCAAUUACAAGUAGUAGUUCAGCUCAAGAUAUCAGUGCAGUGAAAAGUACAAGCUGUAAGAAGAAGCCAGAUGAAGAUUUUGAGGGCCCUUUUACACCUGCAAAAACCCUGAAAGAAGGAAGUGUCCUAGAUGUUCUCAAAAGUCCUGGUUUCAUAUCACCAAAGGCAGAUUCUCUUGCUGCUCAGCCUACUACCACAAGCCCAGUUGUUUAUACAAGACCAGCAAUAAGUAGCUUUUCUUCUAGUGGCAUCGGGUUUGGGGAAAGUUUAAAAGCUGGAUCAUCAUGGCAGUGCGAUACUUGUCUACUCCAGAACAAAGUUACAGACAGCAAGUGCGUAGCCUGCCAAGCAACAAAAUUGCCGCCAAAAGAUAAUGCUAAUAAACAAACUGGAAUUGGAACACCAAGUAAAAGUGACAAAUCAGCUCUUUCUGCAUCAGGGACAGGUUUCGGAGACAAAUUUAAACCAGCAGUAGGCACUUGGGAUUGUGAUACGUGCUUAGUGCAGAAUAAACCCGAAGCGAUAAAAUGCGUGGCCUGUGAAACACCGAAGCCUGGGACUGGUGUUAAGCGAGUCCUUACGUUGCCUGCAGCCUCAGAGAGCGCCGUGACUGCGGCUGCUUCAUCGGCCACCAGCACUGUGACCACUGCUGCCUUAGGGUUUGCAGAUCAGUUUAAAAGGCCUGUGGGAUCUUGGGAGUGUCCAGUAUGCUGUGUUUUUAAUAAUGGAGAAGACAGUAAAUGUGUGUCCUGUGUGUCUGAGAAACCAGGAAGUUUGGUACCUGCUUCAAGUAGCAGCACUGUCCCUGCCUCUCUGUCAUCUGGAAGCUGCCUGGGGUUAGACAAGUUCAAGAAACCCGAGGGCAGUUGGGACUGUGAAAUCUGCCUGGUGCAGAAUAAAACAGAUGCUACCAAAUGUGUGGCAUGUGAGAGUGCAAAGCCCGGAACGAAAUCUGAGUUUAAAGGCUUUGGCACAUCUUCCUCAUCUUCAAACCCAGCAGCUUCAUCCUUCAAAUUUGGUAUCCCAUCAUCCUCUUCUGGGCCUUCUCAGACUUUAACAAGCACUGGAAAUUUUAAGUUUGGAGAUCAGGGAGGCUUCAAAAUAGGAGUGUCUUCAGAUUCUGAGGCUCCAAACUCCAUGAGUGAAGGCUUUAAAUUUUCUAAACCAAUAGGAGAUUUUAAAUUUGGAGUUUCAUCUGAGUCUAAACCUGAAGAAGCUAAAAAAGACAAUAAGAAUGAUAAUGAUUUUAAAUUUGGACUUUCUUCUGGUUUAAGUAAUACAACUUCGUUAGCUCCAUUUCAGUUUGGGGUGUCUAAUCUUGGACAGCCAGAAAAGAAAGAGGAAACGCCUAAAUCUUCAUCUGUAGGCUUCAGCUUUGGUACAGGUGUUAUUAACUCCACACCUGCUGCUACUAACACCACAGUGACCUCCGAGAAUAAGAGCAGCUUCAGCUUUGGAACCAUAGAAACCAAGAGUGUUUCAGUGGCUCCUUUCACAUGUAAGACGACAGAAGCAAAAAAAGAAGAAAUGCCUGCCGCCAAAGGAGGGUUCACUUUCGGUGGUAUAGAACCUGCCCCUCUGCCAUCUGCCUCAUUGUUUGUUUUGGGAAGGACAGAAGAGAAACAGCAGGAGCCAGUCACUUCUACUUCUCUGGUGUUUGGGAAGAAAGCUGACAGUGAAGAGCCAAAGUGUCAACCAGUGUUUUCCUUUGGGAAUUCAGAGCAAACCAAAGAUGAGAGUUCUUCAAAGUCCACCUUUAGUUUCAGUAUGGCAAAACCAUCUGAGAAGGAAUCGGAGCAGCCAACAAAGGCCACUUUCACAUUUGGAACUCCAACCAAUACUACAGCUGAUCCAGGUGCAGUGAAGUCCGUGUUCAGCUUCUUGAACAGCAGUGCUUCCACUUCGAGCGCACCAGCAACAUCAGCCCCCGGGGGCUUAUUUGGUAGCUCCACCUCCUCCUCCAGCGCCCCUGUGGCUGCCUUUGUGUUUGGACAGGCCAGCAAUCCUGUGAGCAGCUCUGCCUUUGGGAACUCUGCCGAAUCCGGCGCAUCUCAGCCUUUGCUGUUUUCUCAAGAGAGCAAACCAGCAACCACGUCCAGCACAGGCCCAGCUGUCACACCAUUUGUCUUUGGUCCUGGAGCCAGCAGUAAUAGCACCGCCACCUCUGGCUUCAGUUUUGGAGCUACAACCACCUCCAGCUCUGCAGGAUCCUCCUUUGUAUUUGGCACUGGACCUUCAGCACCAUCUGCCAGUCCAGCAUUUGGUGUUAACCAAACCCCGACAUUUGGACAAAGUCAAGGUGCCAGCCAGCCUAAUCCCCCAGGCUUUGGAGCUCUGUCCUCUUCAGUAGCGUUGUUUUCUGCUGGUUCUCAGCCUGCACCACCUACUUUUGGGACCGUGUCCAGCAGCAGCCAGCCUUCUGUGUUUGGACAACAGCCUGGUCAGUCUGCAUUUGGCUCUGCAACAGCUCCGAGUUCCGGUUCAGUUUUCCAGUUUAGCAGCAGCACCACUAACUUCAACUUCACGAACAACAAUCCAUCAGGAGUGUUCACAUUUGGUGCAAAUCCCAGCACACCUGCGGCCUCGGCGCAGCCUUCUGGCUCUGGAGGCUUCCCGUUCAGCCAGUCCUCGCCAGCAUUCACAGUGGGGUCAAAUGGGAAAAAUAUGUUCUCCUCUUCUGGAACUUCAGUUUCUGGUCGCAAGAUAAAGACUGCUGUUAGGCGCAGGAAAUAAAGGUCGCGGUGUGUCACACACCACACUUCCGCAACGGCUGGUGCCCUGCUUCUCAGAUCCUGGCCCGUACUGUGCGCAGGGUUAUCUGAAGUCAGAUCUGCCUGAGGACUUCUUUAUGUUGGGGACUUUCCUCCUUUUUCUUUACAGAAGCCCUGCCCUUACCUCUCCCAUUCCCCUUUAAAAAAAAAAAAAAUAGCUAGAUGGGUGACUGAUUCUUCAGCAAAAAUAGAAUCCAGCACAUUCUUCCCUGAUUGGCAUAGGCUGGCUGAACCCAGGGACCGAGCCCGCUCCGCGGAUGGCUGUGUAUAGAUAGAACCUCUGUGUCUGCACCACUCUGUGCGUUGAUGUGCGUUUGUGGAACGCACCGCAAUUGUAAUUAUAUCGGAGGAAUUCUGUAUAGAUUAGAGAAUGUGGAAGUGAAUGAUUUCUAUGCUGAGUUUGUGCUGGUGUAUGUGUGAAGUGAGUGAGUUGGGUGUAUUGUGCACUAAAAUUUUCUGAUAGAGGAAGCCUGAUUAAAGAAUGGUCCAUGCUAAGGACUUAUUAGAUCUAGUGCGUUCUCCAUUUAAUAAUUAUAUGCUAUUUCUAUAUUUUCAUUCUCCUAUCACCUGUCUUGCCUUUUUCAUUAUUUUAUUAUGAAACUUGUGUAAAUACAAUUUUGUUUCUGUACUUUUUUGGCAUAACAUAAAUCUGUGAACUUGAAAUUUUAAUUUUGUGUUAGAAAAUUUGUUUGUUCUUUGUUUAGUCUUGUCUCAGAUUUUAUUAUGUAAAUCCCAUUAUUCAAAGUUGCCUAAAUCCAUUUGGAAAUCUUUAAAAAAAAAUUGGGGAUUCUUAAAGUGAAUUUAUUGGCUUUUCUGAUCCAGUUUUGUUUGGACCAAAAACCAGUAUUGUACAAAGUAUUAAGCAUAUAUUUUUAUAUUUACUGAAAUGGACUGUGGUGACUUUGGAUAAUAAGGAAAAGUUUAAUAUUAAAGCCAUGUUUAUUACAGUAUAAUUAACAUGUUAAACCAUGGGAUAAAUGCCAUCAAUAAAAAAUUAUGAAAUAUUUUUUGUUCUAGUGUUAACUUAUAAUGAAGGUACCAGUGUUAAUGGAAGGGAACCUUUUUUGUAAAGGUUCGCCAUGGUCAGAAAUUCCAAAGAAUACAUUUAACUGAUUUGGACAACUCCUAAGUGAAGGGGGAAGUGUCUGAACGUAAAACAUAUAGAAGGUACCCUGCUUUGUCUGGUGCUAGGAAUCACGCCUACUUUGCAUAUAAAUUGACAUACCUUUUUAAAAAUUGAAAAUAAACACACGUAACCAUU